AUGCAACGCGUCCUGCUGUCGCUUUCUCUGCUUGCCUCGGUGGCUGCUGGCGCCCUGGCCUCAGAUGAGUUGAAGAUUGAUGUCACGCUUCCUGUGGAGUGCGAACGGAAAACACAGAAAGGAGACACCAUCAAUGUCCAUUACCGGGGCACACUCCAAUCCAAUGGCCAGAAAUUCGAUGCGAGCUACGAUCGCGGGACGCCCUUCAGUUUCAAGCUGGGAGCGGGUAUGGUGAUCAAGGGGUGGGACGAGGGUUUGCUGGACAUGUGCAUUGGCGAGAAACGGACGUUGACAAUUGCCCCGAGUUACGGUUACGGAGAUCGGAGUGUUGGGCCCAUUCCCGCCGGCUCUACUUUGGUUUUCGAGACUGAGUUGAUGGGAAUCAAUGGUGUGCCCAAGCCGGAGUCAAUCGUCACCAAAUCCAGCGCCGGGUCCACCGACGGCCCGGCGUCUUCGGCAAGCCAGAAGGUAGCCGAAAAGGUGGUGGGCGCGGUCAGUGGAGCGGCCGAGGCGGUGAAGACGGUGGUUGCCGACACCGACGAUCGUCUCACUAGCAGCACGUUUCUUGCCGUCGUGCGGCGCUCAACUCCACUUCACGUCUUCCUCCCACCUACGCCCUUGUCAAGGAUGCGCGGAUGGCAUCACGAUCGCGAUGAUGGACACUCACAAGAUGCCUCGACGCAUUUGCCAACCCGGGCGUGGCUUCCACCCUUGAAUUUCAUCACAAUUCACUAUGCAUACUUUAUCGUGGUAUGCCUAGUCGCAUCGGUUAUUUUCUGGGGCUCGUCCGACCCUCCUCGCAGUAUCAGCUACACGGACAGCCUGUUCCUAGUCGUCAGCGCCAUGACCGAGGCAGGGCUUAACACGGUCAAUCUGAGCCGGAUGACAACAUGGCAGCAGACGAUACUAUUUCUCCUCAUAAUUCUGGGGAGUUCCAUAUGGGUCUCCAUCUGGACUGUGGUGGCUCGCAAGCGCGCCUUUGAGCAGCGCUUCCAAGACAUUGUCCGUGCCGAGCGGAUGCGCAGGGCAAGUCGGCCUGGGAGCGCAGUCAGCCUCCCUAGGUUGCAGCGAUUCCUUUCACUCCGGAAGGCCUCCACGGCGGCCCUGCCCCAGAAUCCUCCGACCCUCCGAGGAGACGAGCGGACGGAGCAAAUGGAUAUCCCCUCGGCUCCCCAGCCCGCUGCCGACCGGAUUGAGCCUGCGGGUGCUCUCGUCGCCGGUGUUACUAACCCGACGAUGGCCGCGGCUGCAGCUCAACAAGAGAGACCUCUAAGCCCCGCCCGCAUUAUCUUUGUUGACACCCCCCGUGCCGCCGACGCUGUUUCCACCGCCGCCCAGCACCGCUCCGAGAACCAACUGAGUCGGAGAAACGCCGGGGCUAAAGAAGACCAUCCCUCCCCAUAUGAGAAGUACCAGUUCGGUAUGCGUCAGUUUCUCGCGCAUAGAUCGGGCGGGAGGAACGCUCAGUUUCAUGGCCUCACGGUCGAAGAGCGGGAGCAUCUUGGCGGUUGUGAAUACCGAGCAAUCCGAGUUCUGUCCGUCAUUGUGCCGCUAUACUUCGUUCUGUGGCAGCUCCUUGGUUGCCUUGUGCUGGGUGCUUGGAUCAACAACAACCAGCCGGAGCCGCCACUCAGGAAUGGUAUCCACCCCUGGUGGUUAGGCAUCUUCAACGGCGUAUCCGCCUUCAACAACUCGGGCAUGUCCUUGCUGGAUGCCAACAUGAUACCCUUCCAGAACUCAUACCUUGUGCUCAUCACGAUGGGUCUGAUGAUCCUGGCGGGCAAUACGGCGUACCCGAUCUUCCUGAGGCUCAUUAUCUGGUCUCUUUCGAAAUUCCCAACGCCUGGUACGAAUCGGGACGGGUACUCGGGGCUCAAAGACACCUUCAAGUUCAUUCUUCAAUACCCCCGCCGCGUGUAUACGAACCUCUUCCCCGCCCGUCCCACUUGGUGGCUGCUUUUCAUGCUCAUCCUCCUGAACUCGGUUGAUUGGGCGGCGUUCGAACUCCUCAACCUCGGCAACCCGUCGAUGGACAGCAUCCCGCGUGGUUCUCGCGUCUUGGAUGGGCUGUUUCAGGCGCUAGUCAUGAUGUACAUCUCGGUGUACCCUGUCGUCAUCACCAUGCGGCACUCCAAUGUGUACGAGGAGCGCUCGCUCGGCAUCUACGCGGAAGACGAAGUUGCCGACGUGGAUCCCGAAACGGCCACCCCUCGGUCGGUCCCGGACCGACGACGCGGAGAUGGCGGCAUCGCAGCGAUCUUCGGGCGAGCUGUUAGUCGGACACUGACCCUGCAAGGCGUGGGGGCGAGAGCGCCUCCGUCAAAGCAGAGCCCGGAGUCCAACAUCAGCUUCAUCAGCCAGCAGAUACACGGGCAGCUGGCUCACGAUAUCUGGUGGCUUGUGCUCGCCGUACUCGUCAUCGCUACGAUCAACACGAGCAACUUCCUCGCCGAUCCCGUCAACUUCAGCGUGUUCAACGUGAUGUUCGAGGUUGUCUCGGCGUACGGCUGCGUCGGCAUUAGCGUCGGCGUACCCUAUGACGCCUUCAGCUUCUGCGGCUCUUGGCCUACUGCUUCCAAGCUGGUCCUCUGCGUCGUCAUGCUCCGCGGUCGCCACCGUGGCCUUCCUGUGGCCUUAGACCGAGCUGUGCGCUUACCGGGAGAGGCAUUGCACGACGAGGAGGAGGAGGACCACCGUAUUCGGAGGAGCCUGACGCACCGUCGGACCAGUGUUGAUGUCUAG